AUGUUCCACGACGACGGAGAUGAGCAAAUCGACCCGACUGUGUCGAUCCAGCCACUUUCAUAUCGGUCUUGUGCGACGUUGCAAUCUAACAACCUAAAGAUCAUGAACUCAAUCCCCCGUUAUUUACACGAUUUUGCGACUGUCCCGAAGUGGGAGGGAGAAGAUUCCGACGACAGUACGGAACGAGAUGCCGACAGUGAAGGCUCGUAUUCCGACCAUGAUGAAAAGAGACAACAUGCACUGUGUGUGGAAAUUGCGCCACACAUCGUGAACACGUGCAAAACAUCAUGGUUGCCGCCAUGGUGA